GUUUGUGUUUGUGUGUCAUGUUGCACAUUUUGUCGGGUAUAACAGGCCAACAGUUGCAAUUGUGUACACGGUAAACAAUGCAGGGUCGAUCGGGUCCUAAACCCAAGUUCACCAUCAGUCGGCUCGUGGUAAUCAUGGAAGACGGCAACUUCCGCCCCCCAAGCCCACGAGGGACGGAUGGUGGGCCACCCGCAACUCAGCCUCUGAUACGGGCCAAUGGAGGUGACGAAAAGGCAUUCGCCGGCCGCAACUCUGGAAGACCCAAAGUUCCACCCGAGAGGGGAGGGGACCGGGCAGGCCGGGUUGCCUCCGGAGGUCGAAAGUGACUCCCCCACUCAACCCUCUCAGAAUCUUUAUUCCCCCCCAUCGAGGCAACGAGGGUGGAAUGGUCACAGGGUCACCUAGAAUGUGUUUCCGCCUCCCUUCCCCCCCAGCCCAGCUGGACAGGGGCUUCUGUCGGGU